UUCGGUGAAGUGAUCCUAGCAUAAUUCUUCUUCAUUGGUUUGUGAGCGGGCUUAUCCAGUCCCACACAUUGGUUUCAACGAAACGGAUCACCUCAGAAGGCUCCUAGCAGCUACUUAGGAAGCAUAAGUCUUACUUACCCUGGGAUUAACAUCCAAACUAGUAGGAUGGCGGAGCAACCGUUAGGAUCCGAACCGUCGAAACGCACGUUUAGCGAAAGCGCAUGAUCACGCGUACACCAGCAAUGCGGCGAGUAUUAAUGGGGUCACCAUGACAUCUCGGCCCUCCCGCAUCAGCACCGCUGUCUCUCGGCUCAUCCUUCCCCUUCAGAAUACCUUGUUCCGACCUCUUAAAGCCCGCAGUCCGGAUUGUCCAAGAAGGGGGGGUUGGUAAACACUUGAAGCUGUGUAGCGAACUUUUUACUAGGGCUUCGGAGGUUGGCAAACUUUUUUGGGGGUUCGCUAUCCAACCAAAAAUUCCCCCCCCGUUCAACUGUUUUAAACCCGCGUGCCAAGUAGUUCAAUGGUAGGAAGGUUGAUUGGAUAGGAGAACGGGAUUGGUUGUCCAGUAGUUCUCCUAGGGAACUCUCAAUCAAAGGUAGGAAGCUCGAGGCGAUUUUGGGACAUUUGGUACGCGGGUUUUAACUUCUGGACAAUCCGGACUGCGGGCUUUAGAAGUCACAGUGACACUGCUAGCAGCGCUGGCGUCGCGAGCGUUGCUACGAGCGUCGGAAGCGUCGCGGGUGUCGCAAGCGUUCGUAGCAGUAGCGCGAGGAGGAGUAGCAUUGACGCCGUCAGGACUAGUACUAGCGGCGCCGACACCGGCUAAGUAGCGGUUAAUUCGCUGGAAAACUCGGCGGCGACUGCAGCGGCGGCGGCGGCGGUGGCGGAGACGGCUGUAGCAGGAGCUGGCAUGGAGAAAGCUCGAGAUAAUUCGAGGGAGAGAGAGGAGGAAAAGGAGGAGGAGGAGAAAGAUUUAGAAGCGGCUUCAGCGGGAGGUCCUGCUACGUGCUCUGCCGCGGUGCUUUUCGAGGCACCCUGGUUCGCAGUGCUGGUGGCGGCAUGGCUGGUCUGUGGGCUGGUCGUAGCAGCAUGGCUGCUGUAUGCCAGGCACUCUGAAUACGUGGCGCACAGAGACGAGGCGCUGGGCGUGUGGUGCAAGGAGCGCGCGCUCAUGCUGCAGCAGCUGGUGCUCACCCAUGCUGGCCAGACUCAGACACUCGCCGGCAUUAUCUCAGUCAUGGGCAAGCCCGGGCAGACGGGCCGGUGGGAGUUGAACACGUGUUUGAACGGCAGCACGUGGGGGGACUACCUCACUGGCACUGCGUACGCACGGCCGGGGAACACCGGGGCGGUCUCUUGCGUGUUUGUGAGAGAUGAGGAGAGGGCCUCCUUUGAGCAUCGCUAUGGCAGCAUAAGAGACAACACUCUGAACGUCAGUGCCCGUCGCCCCAUCUACUGCCCCAAGAUCCUCCAGCUCUCGACAACGGUCGCGAUGAACGGCACGGGGAAUGUCGAUCUAAUGAAGCGGUAUUCCACAGAGAUUCCAUACGCCGAGGCGGGAAGGCCCUUCUACACGUGGCCGUAUCCCCUGGUUAGCCCACCAGGCCAUGCUGGAUUCGGUGUGGCAUUUCCUCUCUGUCGCAGCCUCUCUACAAACCACACGAGGCAUGCAGUUGCAUUGACAGUGUAUGGGACGCUUGCUGCCUCUGUUGACGUGACAUCCAUUGUAAAGAAGGUCCUGGAAGAGUUGUACGUGGCAGACCCAUCAAAAUCCUUUGAGCUCUACGACGUUACGGAUUCGCCUUCCCUCUUCGCCAUCGUCUCACCAGUCCCGCUGCACGCCUACUUCCUCCCCAACGACACCCGCCCGCGCAUGCUCCCCUCUCCUGCGUCCGAAACUCGCUCCUGGGAGGCUCCCCACAGUGGUGCCUCUGGAGGAGAUGGGAGCCGGCGUGCGCAAGUACGAGGUCUGGUGCAGCCUCCCAGCGUGUGGUUCUCAUGGGGGAUCCCCAUCCUCAUCGCCCUCUUCACCCUCCUCCUUAUGGUGCUUGUGCUGGUGGCGGCACGGCUGCAGCGGGCCAAGUUCAUUAAGACGCAGGAGCAGGUGGCGGAGGCAGGCAGGCUGAGGAGGAAGGCGGAGGAGGCUGAGGCGUCUAAGAGCAUGUUUGUGGCAUCGAUGUCGCAUGAGCUCAGGACGCCCAUGACGGGGAUCAUUGGAAUGCUUGAUGCUCUAGCGGACAUGGCUCUUGACCCUCCAGAGCAAUCCGACCUCGUCAUGGCACGCGCCUCCGCCAUGGAUGCACUGCACCUGAUCAACCGAGUGCUUGACCUGGCGAAGCUGGAGGCCGGCAAGGCCGUGGUGGACGAGACGGUCGUUGAUGUGCGCGCGUGGCUUCAAGCGGCGUUGGAUUGGCAUGCAGAGGCUGCACAGGCUAAGGGAAUUGGAUUGUGUGGCACGGUGGACGAAGACAUUCCCACUCAUGUCAUUGCUGAUCAGAUGCACCUCUCCAAAGUGCUCAAGGAAAUCGCAGACAACGCUGUCAAGUUCACCGAGCACGGUCACGUGUCGGUGCGGGUGUCCCUGGUGCCGCAAGGGACAAGCUUGCAAGACACCCUUCAAUUCCAGGGCCUUUCCACAACCACCCCACACGCGCCCACUACAGCGCCCACUACUACUACUACUCGGGUCCCCGCCGGAUUUUUCUCAAGACAGGGCAGGGCUCCGUCCCGCUUCUCCUCGCGAUGGGGCUGGCUUCAGGAGGCUAUGUGGGGAUCGGCAGCAGCAGCAGUAGCAGCAGCAGCAGCAGUAGCAGCAGGGGCAGCAGGAGCACAAAGAGCACCCGGCAAUGCAUCAAGCCGAGCACGAGAUAAGAAGGGGCAUGGCAGGAGUCAUUCGGGGCGGAGUGAGGACCAUGGAGUGCUCGUGGUGUCGUGCCAGGACUCGGGCUGUGGCCUCCCAGCGCCUCUCCACAGAGCCGAGGGCAGCGGCGGGGCUUCGUACUUGUCUCUCACGGAACCACGUGAGGAGACACGGAGUGGAUCAGGGGCAUCACUUGGGCUCGUGCUGGUGCAGCAGAUGGUGAGUGACUCUAAUGAAGGGAGAGAUAGUCUUCGACUCACAACCUGGCUCUGGGUCCACUGUGGCCUUUUCCGUGCCCGUAUCCACGCCCUUGAUUCAAGAACAUUGGACAGAAGGGGAGCAGAAGACCAAGAACGGGUGCAAAGUCCAUUGCAGCAGCAGCAGCACCAGCACCAGCAGCAGCAGCACCAGCAGCAGCAAGGAGAGGCGUUGUGGUGCUGUGAGAGCCAAGAGACAGGUUCAGGAGAUUCUCCAGGUGGUUUCAGCAGUGCUCAUGAGCAGGAGACUGGUUCAGGAGAGUUUUCAGGUGCUGGCAGCAGUAUGCAGAAUUUCGGAUCUGGGCCAAGGGAAGAGUGUGGAGAGAAGGCUCAGCAGCACAGCCAGGAGAUUUCUCAGGUGAACCAACAAAACCUGAACCAGCAGCUGCAGCAGCAACAGCAGGUGGAGCGAUCACUAGUGUGGAUGGGGAGGGUGGGCAGUGAGGGAGAGCGCACAGCAGUAGUCAGAGCAGCACGAGAGAGUGAGAGGGGGAGUGUGAGUGCUGGUUUCCCUCGGUCCGUCUCUGUGAGUGCACUCACUGCCACAGCUGCAGCCAGCACACGUGCAGCAGCAGCAGAUGCCCUCACACGGGCAUCGCUCACUGGUCUGCGCAUCCUGGUGGUGGACGACACGCCCGUCAACCUCAUGGUGGCCCGCCGCACGCUUGCUCGCUGGGGCGCUGUUGUAGCAACGGCGAAGAGCGGGGAGGAGGCGGUUGAGAUGGUUGUUGCAGGCUUGUGUGGGUUGGAAAUGGAAGGGGAGGAGGUUGAGUUGGCGGCAGGAAGGAUGCCGGUAAUGGGAGGGGAGGAGGCGGUGGGAAGGGCCGCUGCAGGUGGGUGGAUAGGGAAGGAAGAAGGGAGAAUAGUUGGGGAGGAGAGGUGCUCGGAGGGUGGAGCGAUGGGGGGAGCAGGCGUGGGUGAAGAGGGUGGUGAGGUGAUGGGGAGAAGGGAUGGGAGCGGGACGGGAGGAGAUGGGGUGGGAGAAGGCAGGGGAAGAGGGCGCACAUCAUUGCAGCAUGGGUUCGACUUGGUUCUCAUGGAUCUGCAAAUGCCGGGCAUGGAUGGGUUUGCAGCAGCAGAGGCCAUUCGAGCUUGUGAGAGGAAGCUUGUAAUGGAGAUGGCCCAAAAGGCACACCAGGGGAAGCAGCAGGGGGCCCCUCUUAGCUCACGUGACGCAGGCAGAGGGGGUCCUGCAGCCCCGCCACAAGCAGCACUAAGGCAUGGGGACAUGGAGGGCGGAGACGACCUGCCCUGGGGAGGGAGGCAUGCAAAGCACGAGGUCAUAUGGGAGCGAGCAGCGGGGGCAGCGGGGGCAGGGCGGGGAGAGAGAUACUUGCAAGGGGAGAUGGGGGUAGGAGGGCGAAAACGGGAAGCUUCCAAGGCUCCUUUUUAUGAUCUUCACGUCCCUCCCCUAGAAUCUUCAAGCCCCGCUGCUGCUGACUGGCAGCAGCCUCUGAGAGAGGAGCUUUUUGAGAAAUCUCAAAAGCCUCUGAGAGAGGAGCAGCAUACAGGCGGGUGCAGGGACUCUCUACCUCUCUGCGUGCCCAUAGUGGCGCUGACUGCAGACGUGGAUUCCGGAGUGGCGCAGAGGUGUGCAGAGGGGGGGUUUGACGGUGUGCUGCAGAAGCCAGUGGAUGCCCACCUGCUGGCGCGUCGCUGUUGUGGGUGGCGCUGCAGCCGACUGCAACGCAAUGAACUGAGAGAUGAUACUGACACGACUACAGAUUCAGCAGUCGCUGCUGCGGGUGGUGUUGCAGCCGACUGACUCAAAGAACUGACAGAUUCUAUUGACAGGUUGGGUAGGGUUUGAUGGUGUGUUAGCAGCUCUCUCACCUGUAAGCGAAGCAGCGUUCCGGGAGUCACUCACUCGGGCGGUCUUCCAGCAACCAUCAUUCUGCUUUGUCCCUUAUUGCUUUUGGACGAUUCAUACAAUUUCUGAUGAAAUAACGGUUUCUCUUUUAUAGUGUAUUUAUAUACAUGGGCCAGAUUCGCCCACAC